AUGCGGUUGGCUGUAGCAUAUAUUACAGCUCUUUUGCUUCUCAGCACUGGUGAAGCUGCGCCAAUAACAUCAUGGCAAACAGCUACGGCUAUUACAAAUGCUGACGGAUCUCUUUUCAGCUGGAGUCCUCUGGCUGUGGCUAAUACCCAAGUCGGCUCGAAUCCAACAACACCAGCGAAUUUAGUAGCCCAAGCGCCAUCAGUUCAGACUGCGGCAGCUCUAGCAAAUCAAGCUGCGGCUACUGCUAGUGCCGCUCCCUCGCCUGCCGUGAAUUCGAACACUUCCGGUCAAAGUGCGUUGAUGCAAGGAAUUUCUAGUGUGAUAAGUGGACUUGGAUCAUUGUUCUCUUCAUAUUCAUCUCCGAGUCCUGCUGCUUCGACUCCUUCCUCGAGCACUUCUUCUAGUUCUUCAUCCACUGGUGGUUGGAGAGCAAUCUUGGGGCUGCUUCUCGGGGAUUUGGGUGGCUCAUCAUCUGCCAACGCUCCUGCCCCUGCCGUAGCCCAAGCUCCAAUUCUGGUGAGCAGUUCGCCUGCAUUUUCUACGAUUUCUGCCUCCUCGUCGAACCUAGUCUCCUCGAGCACUAGUAUCGCAGUUCAAGCCAGUCCAAUGCCUCAAGCAUCUAAAUCAUCUUCAACUGUCUCCGCAAGCUCGAGCGCCCAACCAUCGUCGAGCUCUUCUGGUAGUAGUGGAGGUAGUGGUGGUAACGGUAUCUACAAUGAUAUCUAUAAUUCAAAUCUCCAGAUUGAUCAAAGCUUCGCAAAAGCUAUUCUCGAUGCUCAUAACACCGACCGUGCUGCUCAUGGUGUGGGACCAUUGUCUUGGUCAAAUUCUGCCUAUGCUUAUGCUAAAAAUAAUGCCGACAACUACGACUGCUCUGGAGUGUUGACUCAUACGCAUGGUCCUUUUGGAGAGAACCUUGCUGCUGGAUUUGCCAAUGGUCCUGCCGCUGUCAAAGCGUGGUACGAUGAAGGACAGACAUAUGACUACACGACACAUAACGAAUACAGUCACUUCACUCAGGUUGUGUGGAAAGGUUCUACAAUGGUUGGAUGUGCCUAUAAAGAUUGCAGGUCGCAAGGAUGGGGAAACUAUAUUGUGUGUGAGUACAGUCCAGCUGGAAACGUUGUUGGGCAACUGGCAGCUAACGUUUUACCGCCAGUAUAG